UUGCAGACAGGCACGCGGGCAUCAUCGGCUCUCUCUCUCUGGCUUGUGAGCUCUGAUUGUUGUGGCUCCUCUUCGUCCAGAAAGUUCGCCUCACAGUCAAAUCGUUUUUAUUUCGCGGAGGUGUUAAAGCAAUAUGGCAGACUCGCAAGAGGACAAGCUGUACAAAGCGGAAUAUGCGAAAAGCGGCCGCGCGUCGUGCAAGAAAUGCAAAGAAAACAUCGCCAAAGACUCGCUGAGGAUGGCCAUCAUGGUGCAGUCCCCCAUGUUUGAUGGGAAGGUCCCUCACUGGCACCACUUCUCCUGCUUCUGGCAGCGAGCUGCAGCUCAGUCCACUGGAGAUAUAGCCGGGUACUCUGACCUCCGCUGGGACGACCAGGAGAAAGUCAAAAAGGCCAUUGAGAGCGGAGGAGCAACAGGAGGAAAGGGUGACCAGAAGGGUGGAGCUAAAGGAGAGAAGACGCUGAAUGACUUUGCAGUUGAAUACGCGAAGUCAAACCGCAGCACAUGCAAAGGCUGCGAGCAGAAAAUAGAAAAGGACCAGAUCCGUGUUUCCAAGAAAACAGUAGACCCUGAAAAGCCUCAGCUGGGUCUGAUCGACCGCUGGUACCACACGGCCUGUUUUGUUAGCCGCCGAGAAGAACUGGUUUUUAAGCCUGAAUACAGCGCUGCCCAGUUGAAGGGCUUCAAUGCACUGCGGGCUGAAGACAAGGAGGAGCUAAAGAAGAGACUCCCUGUAGUCAAAACUGAAGGAAAGCGAAAAGCUGAUGAGAUGGAUGGCGUGUCAAAAAAACAGAAGAAGGAAGAAGAUGACAAGAAGAAGAAGCUGGAGGAGCAGUUGAAGAACCAAAGCCAGCUGGUUUGGGGACUUAAGGACAAACUGAAGAAGUUCUGUUCAAUAAACGAUAUGAAAGAGCUGCUGAUUGCAAACAGCCAGGAUGUUCCCUCUGGAGAGUCCAAUGUGGUGGACUCCCUGGCAGAUGGCAUGGCUUUCGGUGCUCUGGAGGCCUGUAAGGAGUGCAAGGGCCAGCUGGUGUUCAAAGGUGAUGCUUAUUACUGUACUGGAGAUAUCUCAGCCUGGACGAAGUGUGUUUUCAAAACGGCUACACCUUUACGCACAGACUGGGUCAUACCCAAGGAAUUCCACGAAGUUCCCUUCCUGAAAAAGUUCAAGUUCAAGCGGCAGGAUAGAGUUUACCCGAAGGAGGCUCCCGCCCAAACCCUCACCGCAGCCAAAGCAGAACCCCUGGCGAGUGCAUCCCGUGCCCCGAUGGAGCUGCCAGAGGGAGCACCUGCAGACAAACCUCUUACUGGUAUGAAACUGUUGACGGUGGGGAAGCUGUCCAAAAACAAAGAUGAUCUGAAGGUAGCUGUGGAGGAGCUGGGAGGAAAAAUUACAGCCACAGCCAAUAAGGCCUCUCUCUGCCUCAGCACAAAGAAGGAGGUGGAGAAGAUGAGUAAGAAAAUGGAGGAAGCUAGGGACGCCGGCGUGCGGGUCGUCUCUGAGGAUUUCCUCAAAGACAUCAAGUCGUCGGGUAAAGCCCUCCAGGAGCUGGUCUCCCUGCACGCCGUCUCACCCUGGGGAGCAGAGGUCAAAGUGGAGGCUCAGGCUCCAUCUGUGGCCUCCAAGUCUGGAGCGCUGGCUGCUAAGAGCACAGGCAGGGUGAAGGAGGAGGAAGGUGGUAGCAAAAGCAAGACGAUGAAACUCACAGUCAAAGGAGGAGCUGCUGUGGAUCCAGAUUCAGGUCUAGAGAACAGCGCUCAUGUCCUGGAGCAGAGCGGGAAGAUGUACAGUGCUACGCUGGGUCUUGUCGACAUUGUCAGAGGAACGAACUCCUACUAUAAACUGCAACUGCUGGAGGAUGACGUACAGAAACGGUACUGGGUGUUCAGGUCAUGGGGCAGAGUGGGCACCACCAUCGGAGGCAACAAACUGGACAAGUUUCACGACAAAAACUCGGCUCUGGACAACUUCCUGAAUGUCUACAAAGAGAAGACAGGCAAUCAGUGGUGCUCCUCCAACUUCACCAAAUAUCCUAACAAGUUUUACCCCCUGGAGAUUGACUAUGGACAGGAUGAGGAAGCGGUGAAGAGGCUGACGGCCAGCGCUGGCACAAAGUCUAAACUGGCGAAACCUGUCCAGGAAUUGAUCAAGAACAUCUUUGAUGUGGAGAGCAUGAAAAAGGCCAUGGUGGAAUUCGAGAUUGACCUCCAGAAGAUGCCCCUUGGGAAACUGAGUAAGAGGCAGAUCCAGAGUGCCUACUCUCUGCUCACUGAAGUCCAGCAGGCUGUAUCAGAUAGUCUGCCUGAGUCCCAGGUACUGGAUCUCUCCAAUCGCUUUUACACCCUGAUACCUCACGACUUCGGAAUGAAGAAACCUCCACUGCUCAACAACCUGGAUUAUAUUCAGGCUAAAGUUCAGAUGUUGGACAACCUGUUGGAUAUUGAAGUGGCGUACAGCCUGCUGAGAGGAGGAGCACAGGACAACGAGAGCGAUCCCAUCGACAUCAACUACGAGAAACUCAAAACCAAGAUUGAGGUUGUUGACAAGACUACUCGUGAGGCUGAGAUCAUUAUUCAAUAUGUUAAGAACACUCACGCUGCUACACACAACACUUACACACUGGAAGUGCAAGAGAUCUUUAAAAUUGUCAGAGAGGGAGAGCAUCAGCGCUAUCGUCCGUUCGAGGAGCUACACAAUCGCCAACUGCUGUGGCACGGCUCCCGCACCACAAACUACGCCGGUAUCUUGUCUCAGGGUCUGCGUAUUGCCCCUCCAGAGGCGCCAGUGACUGGUUACAUGUUUGGAAAAGGUGUGUACUUUGCCGACAUGGUGUCCAAGAGUGCAAACUACUGUCACACCUCUCAGUCAGAUCCUGUUGGCCUCUUACUGCUGGCUGAGGUUGCUCUCGGCAACAUGCAUGAAUUGAAGAAAGCCUCCCACAUCACAAAAUUACCCAAGGGCAAGCACAGUGUUAAAGGUGUGGGUAGGACUGCUCCUGAUCCCAGUGCCUCAGUCACUUUAGAUGGGGUGCAAGUGCCAAUUGGAAAAGGAGCCCACACUAACAUUGAUGACACCAGUCUACUGUACAACGAAUACAUUGUGUAUGAUGUAGCGCAGAUAAACAUGAAGUAUCUCCUGAAGAUCAAGUUUAACUACCAGACGUCCCUGUGGUGAGAGGGCCAUUACUAAUCCUUCACCACGGAAAUCGAAGACCAGAGUUGCCUCCAAAACGCCUGGGCUUCAUUCUCUGCAAAACAAGAUGUUUGGCAAAGGAGCGACGCUUCACCACGUGUCACAGUGGUCAUUGGAAAUCUCUAGUCACUUUAUUGCUUUUUCAUCAGGUUAACUAGCUGGCAGCCUUUCUUAGUAACACAUUAGGUACCUAAAUACCUAUUUCAGAGAUGCUCAUAAAACAGUUCUGUGGUGGUGAAAGCAUGGUGCAUACCACAUAGAGUUGGGUUUAGUAAUAAACAUCAGUAAAAGUUAGUAGUUUUCUGUCUGACGUGGUAAUCUUCAUUCUAUAUUAAACUUGUAGUUAAUAAGGCAUAGCACCACAUCUUGCAAGGGGUUUCUCAGUGAAAUAGCUGCUUAUAUGAACAUUUUGUAGUCUUGUGUUUCAAAGAUACUGUACAAGGUUUGACAUGUAUAUAUUUUGU